AUGUCAACGAAUCAACCUGAAAAAUCUGCCGACAUCGAGGAAGCAGAACAUUCGCAGAACUUAUUGCCCUUUAAAACAAAAGCUACUGCAAUGAUAAAGCAGCUAGAGAAUUUGAACCAAACUUUAACCCCAUCUCAGCUAAAGGAGUAUGAUGACGCGGAGCUGUCCGUUCGCUUGAGCUACAUCGAGGAGGUUAAUAAAAGCUAUGAAAUGGCACAAAGUAUCAUCGAAGAAAAUGAAAUCAGCGAGUUGGAUGGUACUGAUCGCAUGUGUUUCGUCUCGUUGUACCUUGAUGUUAAAUCUAAGUUAACUCGCCAACUCAAUGCCACUCGUAAGUUUGAUUCAAACCCGCGUAGUUCAACAUUGCGCCAAUUUUCGCUCGAUGAGUCGCCAUAUUCUCAAACAUCGCUUCGUAAAACAAAAGUUCCCGAAAUUCAAUUACCAAAAUUCGUUGGUGCUUAUUCGGAAUGGCCAAAUUUCUUUUCGUUAUUCAAGACCGUUAUACAUAACAACAAUGAUUUAAGCAAACUAGAAAAAUUCCACUAUUUACGUGCAAGUUUAGGCGAAGCUGCCCUCGACACUAUAGUUUCAUUGGAACUCAACGAUGCAAAUUAUGAGGAAGCUUUGUUAUUGUUAAAAAAUCGUUUUGACAAUAAGCUAUUAAAUUUCCAAACUCACAUCAAAGAGAUAUUUUCCUUAAAUUGUGUUGAAAACGGUUCAGCUGUUAGCUUACGUCGUUUGAGUGAUAAAUUAAAUGCACAUUUACGUGCUAUGCAAACGAUCGGUAAUCAACAACAAAUUGCCGACGGGCUUUUAAUUUAUUUAGUGUCAACAAAAUUGGACACGAAGACUCGAAUGAAAUGGGAGGAGAACUUGUCAAUUAAUGAGUUACCAACCUGGAACUCAAUGUCAACAUUUUUAGAACGCAGGUGUCGUAUGGUUGAGAAUUUAGAAAACUCAGCUUUAAGUAAGUCCUCAAACCCACCUGGCUCCAAAAAACUUCAUCAACAAUAUCGUCAUGUUCAUGUCUCUACCGCCACUUCGUCGGCUUUGUGCACAUUUUGCGAUUCCAAAGAUCAUUUCAUCACUAAAUGUUCACUUUUUGGAAAUUUGUCCCCUUCCCUCCGUUUUAAAGAAGCAAAAAGACUGAGGUUAUGCCUAAAUUGUUUAAAAAAAGGGCAUAUGCUCAACAGCUGUAUCUCAGGUAAUUGCCAACAGUGUUCUUUGAAACACCACACAAUGUUGCACAUCGAGAAGGUUAAGACAGAUGAACCCACAAAAUCUUCGGCGGAUCAAACAGCUCCAACUACUUCGCAAGCAGUACUGAUUUCUUCUGGCCCACCUCAUUUCACAAAGACGCCAUCCUCGAAUGUUUUGCUGGCUACUGCAAUUGUUAUGGUAAAAAAUCAAUUCGGAUUUUUUGUACCUUGUCGUAUUAUAUUAGAUUCUGCAUCGCAACUCAGCCUAAUCACAAGACGCUUCGUAAAUCAACUUUGUUUAAAAUGCAAUCGGAUUCAGGCAAGUAUCUCUGGAAUUGGCGAUGGAGGUUAUACUAUAGAUAAAUCUGUUGAUAUUGUAAUAAAAUCUUUACAUGGAGAUUAUUCAACCACGCUAACUGCGAUGGUCGUCCCUAGCAUAACGGAUUACCAACCUGAUUUUAACAGAAAUAGACCAGAAUGGAAUAUUCCCAAAAAUAUAGAGCUCGCAGAUCCCUCUUUUGACAAAUGUGGUCGUAUCGAUGGUUUAAUAGGUGCCGAGUUGUUUUUUGAUUUAAUGUCAGUUGGACAAGUCAAAUUAGCUGAUAAUCUACCGGUGCUGCAAAAAACAUUAAUAGGUUGGGUAGUUGCUGGUGGUGGUUUUCGUACCCAACAUUACAGGUCGUUGGCUGUCAGUUGUAAUACAUUCGAGCAAGAGAAUCAAUUGUGUUCCAUCAUAAAAGGUUUUUGGGAAGUUGAAAACAAUUUUGAAAUCAAUCCACUAUCAAUUGAAGACAUUCAUUGCGAAAAUCACUUUUUGGAAAACACAGUCCGUCUUAAUACUGGCGAGUUUUCUGUGCGGUUACCUCAGAUCGAAGGGCGUGGUGCGGAUUCACUUGGCGAGUCGUAUAGCCGAGCUCUACAUCGAUUUAAGACUCUGGAAAGGAAACUCAAAAAGCUCCCGGAUAUUAAAGCACAAUAUGCAGAAUUUAUGAGUGAGUACAUUGCAUUAAAUCACAUGUCGUUAAUUUCUCCACAGAGCGAACCAAAGAAAUAUUUUCUCCCACAUCACUGUGUGCAUAAAAUAGACAGCACAUCUACAAAAUUAAGGGUCGUUUUUGACGGCUCUGCAAAAACAACAAGUGGUUUGUCGCUCAACGAUAUUUUGUACGCUGGUCCAACUAUUCAGCCCAAACUAUUUAACACCCUAUUGCGGUAUCGGUUUUUUAAGGUUGCCCUAAGUGGAGACAUUUGUAAAAUGUACAGGUGUGUUCGAUUGUCUUACCCAGAUGACUAUUUACAAUGUAUACUGUGGAGAGCAGAUGAAAGUGAGGAGAUAAAGACAUACAAAUUAAACACUGUUACCUACGGUACAAAGCCCGCUGCAUUUUUGGCAAUCCGCACCAUGCACCAACUCGCAACUGAAGAAGAAGGUAAAUUUCCAUUGGCUGCUAAAAUAGUAAGACGUGACUUUUAUGUAGAUGACAUGAUUUCUGGUGGUGACACUGUCGAAGAGGCUAUGGAGAUAAGGCAACAGGUAGCAGCUUUACUACAAACUGGCAAUUUUUUCAUAAGGAAAUGGUGUUCAAAUGUUCCUGCAGUCUUGAAUGAAGUACCUCCAGAUCAAUGUGAACAAUUUUUAAAAUUUAAAGACGGAACAGAUGUUACCAAAACACUUGGACUUGUUUGGGAUCCAAAGAGUGAUAACUUCAUCUUUUCGUUUACACCUGUUGAUAAUUGUAAAGUUAUAAAUAAACGAUCCAUUUUAUCAUCAAUUGCUCGUCUAUAUGACCCUCUCGGUUUAAUUGGUCCAGUCAUCACAAAGGCCAAAAUCUUCAUGCAGCAUUUAUGGAAGCUUCAACUACAGUGGGAUGAAAGUCUCCCACAAUCGUUACAUUUGUCAUGGCUCGAAUAUAUUUCGAAAUUUGAUUCUAUCCAUUAUUUCACAUUUCCUCGCUAUGUUUCAACGCCAAAUUCAAAAAUAGAAAUUCAUGCAUUUUGUGAUGCCAGCCUAGCUGCUUAUGGUGUUUGCGUAUACAUUCGUACUGAACUCGAUGGUGUCGUAAAGUUAUCAUUGCUGUGCUCUAAGUCGAGAGUUUCACCCCUCAAAAGUUUAACGGUACCAAAACUUGAGCUUUCUGCAGCGUGUCUUCUAGCUGAACUCGUGGAUGUAAUUAUCAAUACCUUACCGUUCGAUUGUGUUGUACACUGUUGGUCAGAUUCCAUGGUAGUGCUGUCGUGGCUUCGAGAGCAGCCAUCAAAUUUCAACGUUUUCGUUUCAAAUAGAGUUUCUCGUAUACAAACACUCACUAGUCAAAUGUCGUGGCAUUAUGUUCCUACAAAGUUAAAUCCAGCUGACAUCUUAUCAAGAGGUGCAUCGCCUGAAGAACUGUUAAAUUCUACCCUAUGGAGUUGUGGACCAAAUUUUUUGCGUCAUGAAUCAUCAAUGUGGCCAGAUAGUGUCGAGUUUUUAGCUGAACUACCUGAACGACGUCGUAACAUAUUGGUAGCGGUUUCGCUGUCGGAUUUGUCGAUACAAUCGUCUCAUUUGGAGGUCGUCCAAGAUUUAUCGACGUCAUCGUUUUUAUCUGCCUUGCGUCGUUUUGUUGCGAUUAGGGGCAAACCCAAGGUAAUUUGGUCGGAUAACGCAACAAAUUUCGUGGGAGCCAAAAAUGAGCUGGCUGAGUUAAAACAGCUAUUUUUCAGCCAAUCACAUCAGAAAGCGCUCCAGCAGCAAUGCCUUGAAGAUGGAAUAGAAUGGUCAUUUAUCCCUCCUAGGUCGCCCCACUUUGGUGGAUUGUGGGAGGCGGCUGUUAAGUCUGCAAAAUUACACUUCUAUCGCACAGUUGGCCUCAAUAAAUUGACGUUUGAUGAGUUGCGCACCUUAAUAUGUGAAAUAUCUGCAAUUUUAAAUUCUCGCCCGCUAUGCCCCAUUUCGGAAGAUCCCAAUGAUCUUGAGGUUCUGACACCGGGGCACUUUCUAAUUGGUGGCCCUCUAAUUUCCAUAGUUGAACCCAGUAUAACCGAUUUAGACAUAAGCCGUUUGAGUAGAUGGCAAAGAGUUUGUCAAAUGAAGCAGAUUUUUUGGCAAAGGUGGAGCAACUCCUAUCUAACUUUACUACAAGAGCGCACAAAGUGGCGUGAACAAACUGAAAAUAUCGUUAUUGGAUCAAUGGUCUUAUUGAAAGAUGAAAAUCAACAGCCCUUAAAAUGGCAAAUAGGUCGUAUUACUGACGUCAUACGCGGUGAUGAUAAUGUAGUUCGUGUAGUGAUGGUUCAAACUAGCAACGGAUUAAUGAAGCGUGCUGUAUCAAAG